UUGUUGUUUUAAAUAACAGAUUGUGUUAUUCUUUUGUCGUGAUAUGAUCAAGGGGCAUUCAGUUUCCAUGUACGAAAGUUUGCGCCGGCAUAGCAAGUGGGAAAUUGUUUACAACCGCUGUGGAUUCUCGUUGCACCUGUCCCAUCGCUACUCGGUGGCUAUAAUAAGCAGUAACCAGCGCAAAGUUUCUUCAGUCUAUUUAAACUAAAGAUAGUGCGCGCUCGAUCUUGAAUCAUACGCCAAGAGAAGCCUUCAAUUCGGACUAACAUCCAUCCGCAGAGUUUACGCCAUCAAGCACACCAACCUUACAGAUCAAGAAUGCCUCGCUCCUUUUUAAUCAAAAAGAAGGAAUUUAAGAGAAACAAUAUCACGUACUUUGAUAACACGCACGACACCCCACCGACUGUUACAUCCUCACAGGCUGAACUGCAUCGUGUCGGGGUCCCCUAUGUCCAACCACUGGUUUUGUCAAACAGUGAGCCGCAGAUCUUUAACACAGGCAGGGAAAUGAAUGGUUUUCCCAAAGACACGGAAAAGAAAGUGAGCGCGUGGGGCCGAGAGAAAGUCCCAGAGGAAGAUCGCUUGGAAGACUUUACGUCAAUUAAAGAGGAGAAGGACACAGAUUCGACGGGAGCCGAGAAACCCUACACAUGUCAGCACUGCAGCAAAGUAUUCACGCGCUCAUGGAAUUUUCAACGCCAUGUGCUGAUCCACACGGGCCAGAAGCCUUACAAAUGUCAGAAAUGCCCUAAGGCCUUUGCGCUAGCAGCGCACCUGAAGAUUCAUAACCGCAUUCACACCGGCGAAAAGCCGUACACGUGUAAUAUCUGCUGCCGCGGCUUCGCCCAGCUAACCAACUUACAAAGACACAUCCUCACGCACACGGGUGAAAAGCCCCACAAGUGCCAGUACUGUCCUAAGGCGUUCGUAAGCUCGAGCGAUUUGCGAAGGCAUGUUCGAAUCCACACAGGCGAGCGACCGUACAAGUGCAAACAAUGUUCUAAAGCCUUCACAACAUCUGGAAACCUACAGUCACACAUUCUCACUCACACGGGAGAGAAACCGUACAAGUGUAACAUUUGCAACUGGAAAUUCAUCAGUUCGAGUAAUCUCCGCACGCACAUUCGCAUUCAUCAUGCGUACUAUCUCGAGAAAACCAACGCCAGUCACCAUCGCCCGGAGCAACAGAACGCCAGACCCACUCCAGACACAGUCACCGACCAAAUGAGAGAGAACAUGCCUUUCAAGAAUCUUAUCGAGUCUCAAAGAGAGCAAGUCUUUUACUGAUCCUAACAAGACAAUCAUUGGUGGACUCAGCGUAGCAGAAUGGAGCUUUCAGUUGAACAUGCAUCGGUUCUCUUAGUAUACUAAAUAAAAACUCUUAAAAUAUUUAAGGCGACUUACAACAGCACAGACUGUUUCUUGAAUGAUAUUGCGCUGACAAUUAGCCUUUUCGUAGCAAAGAGAACGGUAUAAGAUUUAUGAAAGAUAUAACCUCCGAAAGGAGAACUAAUGUAAAAAAUAACAGUGUAUUUAGGUAAAUUAAAAAAGUAACUUUUGAUAUUCAAAAAAUGUACAAGAGAUUAUAUACAAGAAUGAAAGAGAAAAAGAUCCAAGCGCGGUUUUAUUUUGCGAAAGUAGAUUAUAUUCAUAUUUUCAGCGCAUUUAUGGAAAGAAAUAAUUAUAAUCCCGAGAUUUCUACAGAAUAAGAGCCUGCAAAUGAAAUUUGUCACGUGUAAUGACUGUUUAAGUAACAGGUGACCGCAUAUUUUAGCUAAAAACCACCGUAACCAUUGUUUUAGAACAUUCUGUAUAACUAUGAUGAAAGACAGCGUGCUGCAUGCAUGCCAAAUCAAUAAAGUCCGUUUC